CCAGCGUCUCCUAGAUCCAUCCCACAUAAACCCAAGGGGACAAGAGCAUCCACGUUCGUGUAUAUGCUCGUAUAUUCGCGCUUUCGCACGACAACAAGUGAGGAAAUGCAACAUCAUCCCCGGCCUCCCACUUCGCCAUGAUGGAGUCCGGCUCGCGAAUACCCGCACCGAGCAGGAUCCUGCGGCAUUCACGUUCGAGAACCGAAGGCGCGUCGCUCUCCAAGCGCAGCAAAGGCGCUGCGCUGCUGGGCAACGUGACGCCAGAUCAUGCUGGGAAUGCACUCACCCUCGCGCCCAACAUGGCCGACAGGAGUGUAUCCUUGACUGGCCCGACCAUCCAUCAUUCUGCAGCUUCCACCGCCCUCCAGCCAUCGCCCUACAGCAAGACGUCUGCAAGCGCACUGCCUCCUUCUUCCCCGUACAGAACACCUGCGAAGCGCAAAUCGCUCCUGCUGGCGGCAGCAGCACAGAGUGGCAGCGCCAGCACCAGCGCAGCACGCAAUCGCUCGUCCUCGACCGGGUCCGCCUUCUCUUCGCACACUCUCCUGACAGCUGAACCGAUGUCCUCGAGGAGCGCGAGCGCAUUGAGAAUCGAGGCUGCAGAGGAGAAGCUACAGCAUGCUAGUGCCCUGUUUGACUUUGCUCGGAAGCGGCCGCAAGGGGAGAACCAAGCACCUGGCUGCCAGCAAACGCCAUCCAAGUCUGCCCCUGAUCUGAGUCGCAAUCGUCAGUCAACAAUGAGCAAGCUCGCGCUACGAGAUAUCUCCUCGCCUAGCUUGCCGAUCGGUGAAAGGGACGCCGAGUGGACUGAUGAUGUCGCAGACGUCGACCAGUCUCCGGCUCACAUGAAGGCGCACCGGCUUGCGCACCCAGGGUUGUUCGAAACGCGUCACGCGGAUCGAUCGCGUGUCUCUUUCGGCAGCAGCAGCUUCAGGGCGGAUGAUAGUGGGCUGGCAUUCGUGACUCCUUCUUCUGCUGGAAAGUUUGCGGCGAAUGCUCCAACGCAGUCUACACCGCAGAAGGACAAAGCACAGGGGACGACGCCCAAGCACCUGGGAGUGUUGGGGGCGCAAGGGUUCGGACCGCGCCAGCGCUCAUCACUCGCAAAUGAGGCAUUCACAGGAGACUCGAGCGAUGCUGGCUCCGCCGCUUCUUCUCCAAGUGCUGCACCCAGCUCGGCUCGCUCACAGCGAACAGCUCCGAUCGGGUGUCAGCAAUUAUACCCUGCUGAGAGCCCGCUGAAGAAACAUCCCGUGGCGCAAGAGUCGAUUCCGAAAUUCUCCACACCGCAGUUCAAGAACGUCAAGCCACUUCAAGCCGCAUUUAUGUCGACUGGCCUCGUCUCGAAGCGCAAUCGCCCACGGGGGGAUCUGGCGGAUCUGUCUGGCGAGUAUUUGCAGCCGCUACCGCCACGGCCCAACUUCAAUACGAGCAGUGCAGCCGCGAUCGGCUUACGAGAGGUCGUUGCUGCCGCUUCAGCACAUCACGCCAUCUCGGCAGCGAAUACGAGCGUCAUGCCAGACACGCCUGUCAAAAAGCCAGCACCGACGACGUUCAAGCCGCCUGCGUCACUGCGAACGCAUCUCGGCAUACCGGAGCGGCCUCCCAGUCGCUCCUCAUCCGACUCGCCCUCGCCGGUAUUACUGCCGCACUCCCCUUUGCUGAAGGACUCGUGCGACAGCCCCACGUUGGGGCUCAUGUCUGUGGAUCAACAUGCCUUUGAGAACAGUGCUGCGAAAGGCUGGCCGACACUGGACGCGUCUGGCACGCUGGAGCGGAGCCACCGACCCAAGAAGCCGGCAGUGCGACCGGCUCUGUCGCGGACGCAGGCGUUUGAUGCUGCAACGCCUGCCGCGUCCAUCAGCGGCCUCGCCGCCGCGAACGAUUCGCACUUCACGCGCGAACCGUCUUCCUUCCUCGCAAACCGCCAGAAGUUUAUGAAUCACCGGAGUCGGCCCCUGAGCGUACAGGGCCUGCAACGCAAGACGUCCAUGACCACAGAGCAGGCGGCAGCCACAUUCAGCGGAAAUGCGGCCUCGACAGCUACUGACGGCGGGCCGACGCCUUCGCCGGGUCUGGGCAUGAGCCUUGGGAUGGGCAUGGGCAUCGCGCCUGUGCCAAUGACGCCGACGCGCAACCAUACGCCCAUCAAGUGGUUCGAAGCGGCGCAGCUAGUCACGACGCCGUCGCCGACGUCGCACUCGAACGCCAAAGAGCGGGAGCGGGAGCGGGCACGCAGCAGAAACGUGCGCUCGCCACUGCUGCUGCUGGCGUCCCCGAGGCAAGGCGUCAACGUCAGCAAGUUCCAAAGCAGCUUCAACGUGCAGUCCGUCCUAGGCACGGGCGAGUUCAGCGAGGUGCUCAAGGUGGAGGACAAGACGACCGGCUACAUCUCUGCAGUCAAGCGCAUGAAGAAGGCCUUCGGUGGCCCGCGGGACAGGCUCAGGCGCAUGGAGGAGGUGGAUAUCCUCCGCCAUCUCCAGCACGAUGGUCAGGCACAUCGCAACGUCAUCAAUCUGCUUGACGCGUGGGAAGAAGGAGGACAUCUCUUCUUGCAGACGGAACUCUGCGGCCUGGGCACACUCGCGUUCUUUCUGGAGGAGUAUGGCUGCAUGGCGGGCAACCUGGACGAGCCGCGACUCUGGAAAAUCCUUGCGGAGCUCAGCGCUGGCUUGCAGCACAUCCAUGGCAACGGCGUGCUGCAUCUCGAUCUCAAGCCUGCGAACGUGCUUAUCACCGAGGUCGGCUCGCUCAAGGUCGGCGACUUUGGCUUUGCGACGCGGUGGCCCCUCAUGCCAGCAGCGGCGACACUCAAAGGUGCCGGUGUGCACGCCGCUGCACCGAUCGGGGAUGGAGACGAUGAGUUGGUACCCGUUCGGAGACGCGGCAAGAAGCAGAGUUUGGAGCGAGAAGGCGACCGCGAGUAUCUCGCGCCAGAGAUCAUGAGCAAGGGUCGGUAUGGCAAGGAGGCAGAUAUGUUCAGUCUGGGCCUGAUUAUGCUGGAAGCUGGAGGCAACGUCGUUUUGCCUGACAACGGCGAGCCAUGGCUCAAGCUCCGCAAUGACGACUUUACCGACGUCGACCUUUCGCAUCUGAGCGACCAACUGGUCGAGCUCAUCUUUGCGAUGCUCGACUCGCGCCCGGAAGCUCGACCGAGCAUCGACGAUAUUGUCCAGCAUCCCGUCAUGCGCGCCGUACAGCGCCGCAUGGCACUAGGCGUGAUGAAUUCUGAGCUAGACCAGCUGCCAGACUUUGAGCUGCCGACCAUCGAGUCUGGGCCGCUGAUCGGUCUGGUUGGCGAUGGCGAUGACCAGGCGAUGGAUACGAGCGAGGAUCUGCUGCCGCCGUCGCAAUCUGCGCCGGCCAUGCGCCAGACGCUAUCUGCGCUUGGGCUUUCCUUUGCAGACGAAGACGAAUCAGAGCCGCGCAAGGUGAUGGAUAUCCGCGGUGCGCUCAUCGCCGAGCCGCAAGAGGAGUUCUUGGACGACAUUCUAUCUUGCAGUAACGUAUGGGAAGCGGCUGGCUUCCCCAGCCCUUUCGAGGUCCAGGGGCCGAUGAAAGUCCCAUUAUCAGAUCAGAUGGCGCCGCGCGCGCCGUCGCUCCCGCGAGAUCAGAUGAUCCUGGAUUAGAGCAUCAUCAUCAUCAUUUUCGGACAGUCCAACGCCCUCAUUUAUCCGCAGCAUCAAGGCAUAUACGCACGGUGUGCGCUUUCCAUCAGCCCAAUUGUUACGAGUCUGAACCCAUUUGUAUUGUUUUCUGUCGCAAGCAAGCAGUAGCAUGGUUGAGGUAUA